AUGUUUAGACAAACCGGAAGUAGAAGUGAGCCGUACUCCCCGCCCACCCCACCCGGAACUCCACAAAAGGACCGGAAACACUCGUCCCUGGUGGAUAAACAGGAGCACCAAAGGCAUACCGGCCUACUUAUACCCCCAUCCUCCCAGACAAAACGUCUAUCACCUCUUCAGAUUGACACCAGCUACGGAAACGCACCCAUUCCUCUAGAAUCCAGGUGUGGAUCUAUAGGGGAGGGACAACAGACCGAUUACCAGAACAAUCCACCCCCCUCUCCAGGAUUCUUCAUUCCGACCACCACAGAGCUAACGGACCAACAGAAGGGGUACAUCUGGAACAUAGUACACCAACUCAGCUAUGAGAAUGCAAGUCAACAAUCCUAUACCGAGACUUCCGUUUCCGGCGCGCAGCCUUUCCCGUUACAGGACCCAUCUAACUUCCGGUUGAAGCGCCAAAUUUCUACUGAAAGCUCAGACUCAGCCGAUAUCAAGUUUUCAAACAAAGGUCCAACAAAACGACCCACGAUUUCUCAGACAAGGCAUCCUUCACAAGCUGAGGAGAAGGGCGAUGGAAUUUCACAAAAACAAGCAGACUUAGAACCCUUAAACCUAUGUAGCCCCUGCAAAAGUAAGAUCUCACCAAAACCUUAUACAGCGACCCUACAAUGGGUUCUUAAUCCCGAAGAUCCGAACCCAAAUUCGGAGGAGGAUUUUAUUCCGGCGUCAAAAGUAAUACAAGAUCAGAAACCCAAAGAGAAUGUAACAAUGUCCACCAGUACACCAAAAACCGUAAACACGGUGAAUGAAAGAACGGCUUCAUUUUCUUCUAAAGAUUUUCACCAGGAGAUGAUGGGCGGAUUCAAGGGGCGUGGGGGUGAACCUUACAACACUGGUACUACUACAGCCAAAUCAAGCAACCUUAUGGUGACAGAGAGGGGCUUUGUUUUCCCUAGUGUACCGAGUGUAUCCGACCCGAUACCAUUCAGCCCCCGGAUCGUAGGUAACAAUCACCCUUUUCAAAGUAGAAACAAAGAUGUGGAUAAAAACGUCCUAGAUUAUAUGAAAUCUUCUAGUCUGGAUGAUGUUAGUAGUGAUAGUGUCUUUGGAAGUGGUGCCUCUCCCCCGGAUUAUAAACAGAAAUCUCUGGGUACAUAUCUAAGACACAAAGCACUUAGAAGUUUCAGUGACAUCGAACAUUCUCCAUCUAAAUCUGAGACAGAGGAAAUUCAGGAGAUACUGCGCGAAUAUAAACGAUGUGUGUCCGACCCAACCUUUACACCACCAAGCCAGAAAGCGAUGUUACGUGAAGAGAGAUUGGUUCAUGGAAUUUUCCCGCCAAACAUGUCGUCUGAGGAGUCGCCACCGGACUCAUUUGAUCACGUGACAGAUCAGGCCCGGAUCAAUGCUGAACUCCGGCGGAUGAAUUCCUUCAUGAAGGGACAACUUGAACUGAUGAGGAAGCAACAAGCAAAAAGACAACUGUUUUCUCCGCAUUCGUCAGCCAGUGAAGGAUCCCGCUGUGGACACGCAUCACUACCGCAGGAAAACCCGGAGGAAUUUGCCCGCUGGAUAAUCGAUGAACUCCGGACGAUGUCGUCCUCUCGGUAUCAGACGUACGACACCGGAACUGAUAGAGGGCGGGCUCAAUAUGGCGACAGGGUAGACGGCUGUGCUACGACAGGAUGUAACUCCGCUUACUGUAAACACAGACAAGAAAAAAGUCCCGUUCAACAGUUCCUUCCGCCACCUGCAUCACCAAGGCAACGACAACCUUCACCAUCAUCCCGGAUGCCAGCUCCUUCAUCGUCACCAUGUCUUGCUACUGCUUCAGGUCAAAGUUCAUCUCCAUGGGCACAAAGCAGUCCGCGUAAGCGAAAAAGAGAUCAAGUGGAAAUGAGAAUAACAUGUGAAGCCAUCGCUGAAGAAUCAGAUCACGUGACGGAAAUGUUGCAGUCGUUAGAGCAUGCGCCUGGGCGGAAUUGUAAAUGUGCGUCUGUGGAGCAAGAGAUCUUACAGAUGGCGGUAGAUGCAUACGCGAAAAUUCGUCGCGGAGACGACACACCGAAUUCCUUCCAGAGAUUCCAAGGAGAGCUAUGUCAAACAAAUAACAGAAUUCUAGAGGCCAUGAAAAUUCUCAGCGCUAUCAAAACUAUAUGUAAACACGGCAGAACAAUAGAACACAUCUACCCCGGAAGUGUAGUUUUCGUCAUUUCCUGUCCAUCAGUGACGUCAUUAGACGCGUUAUGGCGAAUGUACGUCACUGGUGAUUUGUCAAGACUGAUGAAUGACAGCUUCCUGACAGAAAGUGUGAGGAUAAAGCACAACGCUUAUGACGUCAUACUACGCGUUGAUAUUCCAAAAGAGCAAUAUUUGCGUUGUAGAAAGAAACUUGCUGAAUCUGUCCUUGACUCUUCUUUCUCAAAAAGCGACACGGAGAUAAUGUCAAUCGGGAGUAGCUCUAAAGAAAAUGUGUCAUCCCCGUACAGGAGGAAAACCAUGAAAAACCUCGCCGUGGUACACAUGCGCAGUAGCUCUGAACCCACCCAGCAUGUUCAUUCGCCUUCCAAUAGUCCCGGGAACGCAUGCUCGCCAUUCUCGCCACGUGACAGGAAGUUCUCCUAUCCAGUUUCCGGUGAAAAGUCUCCACGCCGGGCCUUUCAGGAAAUACAAUUUCCAUCCUCUCCGACUUUGCGCCGUGUGUUCAACUUUGACCUUUCUUUGACCCCAACAACGUCACCAAAGCGGAAGAGCUUCGCCGAAGUUCCGCCAUGGGAAAACGAAAGUGAAAGUGAAAAUCAAACAUUAUCCUCACCGAAGCGAUUCAAUAAGGGACAAAAUAUGUUUUUCAGAUAGAGUUGAAUGAAAGCGUUAAAAUAGAUUUGUUUUUCAUUCAUUUCUUUUUUUCUUUUAAAUAUAAUUAUGCUUUUACUCCUACGUAUUUGAUUCUUUUUCUCAAUUUUUGCAUGAUUUUUAAAUACAUGUUAUUAUUAUGUAAAAGUAUUUAUUUUUUGACAGUUUGAUUUUGAAUAUAUUUUAUUCUUAUUUUAUCCUCUGUUCACACGAACAGUCAGUGUUUCCUAUUUCAGUAGUUUAUUGAAUAAUUAUUAUUUCGUGUUCACUAUCCCCUGUCCAUUUGUUUUUUGCUGUUUUUAUGCAUUAUCAAUUUACACAGUACGUCCCCGCUUCUCCGUCCGCUUUAUUGACAUUUACUUUAUUUUUAGCGAUUUUAGCAAUUUACAUUUUUAUCUGGAGCAUAUGUUCAACACAUCUUGGUGAUCUUAAAUAUUUUUUAAAGAUACUUUUUGAUAAUAAUAAUACCACAAUUAUGAAGUGGCUUGCCGUAUACGAUCAUUAUAUUGUAAACAGCAACAGCGAAUCUUUACCUUUUGAGUCAGUUGAUGUUUACUUCGUCGGUGUAUUUUAUUAGGCAUUAAUUUAGCAAUCAAAACAUCUUAGUCACUCUAAAAUCUUUCAGCUGUGUUGGAAAUGAAAAUGUACAAUUUUUUUCAUCAAUGAAUUGUUGAAAUCAUUUUUGAAACCCUUUCUGUUUGGUUCAGAUAUAAAACUACCUGAGUUUACGAUUAUUUAUAAUAAGUAUCUUAAAUCACUAGUCAAUGUGAACACAUUUAAACUGAACAUUUCAUAUACAUGUGAACUGUCGAUAUAUGUCAGCUCUUAAUUUAAUUGUAGUAGUUUGGCAUUAUUUUAAAAUGCUUGAUAUUUAUAUUAUUUUCAUUAUAAUUAUUUUUUGGACUGCCCGCCAUUGUGUUCAGUAUUUGAACACUGUCAUGUCCUUUUAAUUAUUAGUGUGCAUUCGCUUCAAAAUCUUUGCUCAAAUUAUAUAAGCCUGUUAUUACUAUAGUAGGUAUAUUUUUAUAUCAUUUAUAAAUGUAGUUAUAACACCAGUUACCUCUAGAGAAUGUUAUUUCUUUGAAUCGACUCAAAUGUGAACAACACGACGAAGAAAAAGUCUAAAUAGAUAAUGAUCUCUGUUACGUGAUUAAUCUUUAUCGGGAAAAUACGCCAUGUUUGAAUGAUACUACUCAUAUGCCUGUGUCAUAAACGUGUUUGUCUAUAGUUUGCAUUAUUUUAGAAACUGUUAGCAUGUCGUUCAUCUGAUUUGAAGAAAACUCGGACACUGAACUAGAUCUAAACUUCUUACAUUAACAUUUAAAUAAAGUUUACCAUCAUUGAAAGGACGAUAAUGUGAAAAGAGAAAUACAAGAGGUGGUAGACCAAUUUAUAUUUAUGAUUUGAUGCAUAAAACCGUGACAAUGGCGGACAGCUCAACACAUUUAGCAGAGUACUUACAACGUAACUUACAUGGUUUAAGAAUUUUAAGAACAUGGAGUUUUCUUUAUACCAGAUCAUUAAAAAUACAUAAAAAUUUUAAGACUGAUUUAUAGAAUAUUUUUAUUAUUGAUAAUUUACAAUGCACGGUUCUGUAAACAACAGAGAGAUUUACAUGUGAAUAAGUUUGAAAUGUUAGGUUUCAUACAAAUAAAAGUUUAAUAUCAAAUAACAUUGAAUUGAAAUAUUUUUAAAUCUCCAAUUGAUCAUGAAAAAAUUACAUUGAC